AUGGAACAAUACAACAACAUCCAAGGUCGCAAGGCAGCCCGGCAAAGUUACGAGUCUAAAUCGCGUUCCCUUCCCGUACGGAUACCCCGCGCACCGCCCGUGGUGCAAACGCCCCCGGGGCCACCAAGCACCAACCCGCCGGUGACCGCCCGGUCGCCCGCCAGAAAGCCGGCGCUUUGCAGCCUGCCGAUUCCUCCACGUCUCUACAUAUAUCCCGUGCCCAUUGCCUUGCGCGCAAAGAGUCAAGAGGCGCAGCUCAGCCCUGCAACUGACUUCCCACAACUGAGAGCCUGCACCAACGCUGCGUCGUGCUCCCGUUGA